UAUAGAUGAAGUUGGCGAACGGUUAACUUCCCUCCAAACAGAAGCUUGUUGUGAGAGUCUCUUAUAAUCAAAGUAAAGUUAAGUAGUCGAUUUUCUUGGUCACCAUCUGAGAUUCUUACUUUACCUUCCUUGACAUACUCUUCAUACCAAUCUUCACCUUCUAAGUUCUAUCUAUAUACAUAUUCUAUAUAUUCUUCUUCUUCUUCUUCCAAUUUGUGACACAAGUUUGAAUCUUUAUUUGCAUGUUUUAGAGAUUGUGAAGAAGUUUUGAUGAUAUGAAUAUAUAGAGGCAAAAGGGUCACUUCAGAUUUUGAUAAAGUUGUAAACUUUUUAUUUUCAAGUUCAAGCAAGAUGGUUUCAUUUUCUUCAAAUUAUGCAAUAGGAGAAAACAGCAUGGCUAGUAGUAGUAGUAGUGGUACUAGUAGCUUCCAAAACACGCCUCCUCAAUCUCAACCUUGUUUUAUGACUAGAAUGGCCAUGAGAAUAUCAAGAUCAAGAUGGUUCAUUUUUUUGAGAAGAGUGUUUCAUUACCAAAAUGGACCAAGAUCUGAUCUUGGUUCUAACCCUUUUAAUUCUAGGACUUGGAUGAUGUUGGAGUUGGUUGCUUUGUUGGUUCAAAUUACAAGCACAACAUUUACUUUGGUGGUUUCAAAGAGUGAGAAACCGGUUAGGCCUAUGAGGGUUUGGGUUGUUGGUUAUGACAUUGGGUGUGUUCUUAAUUUGUUGUUGCUUUGUGUUCGGUAUUAUCAAAUUGGUUUGAAUCAUGGUGCUGGUGAUGAUGCUCUUGGUCUUUCUCAUGAUGUGGAACAACAAAUAAACAAUGAAGAAAACAGUGUGUAUAGGAGCACACAUUUGAUGAGCAAAUGCAAAAGUUCACUAGAGCUCUUCUUUGCAAUAUGGUUUGUGAUGGGAAAUGUUUGGUCAUUUGACUCACGUUUUGGAACAUUACAACAAGCUCCAAAACUCCAAAUCCUAUGCAUUAUCCUUCUUGUUUGGAAUGCAAUUUGUUACUCUUUCCCUUUUCUUCUCUUUUUGUUGCUUUGUUGUUGUGUUCCACUCAUUACCACCCUCCUUGGUUAUGACAUGAACAUGGGAGCCUCUUCUAGAGGUGCUUCUGAUGAUCAAAUCUCACAUCUUCCAUCUUGGAGAUUUAAAGUUGAUCAUACCAAAUUGGAUCUUGACAAUGAUUCUCAAUGCAGUGAAAGAUUGAUCCGCGAUGAGCCGGAAUGUUGCAUAUGUUUGGCCAAAUACAAAGACAAAGAAGAAGUUAGGCAAUUGCCUUGUUCACAUAUGUUCCAUCUAAAAUGUGUGGAUCAAUGGCUAAGAAUUAUAUCAUGCUGCCCUCUUUGUAAACAAGAAUUACAAAGGUAGCAACCAUAAGACAAGGCCACACAACAACCAACAACACAUAAAAUCUUAUAUGCAUAAUUUUAUAUACAAUAUACUCCCAAAGUUUUUUUCCCACUUUGGUUACAUGAGUGAGUUUGUGUGCAUGUACAGAAGAGAUCACCAUUCACCAGUAACCAAAAUUUUACAUUAAAAUUAUAGUGCUUAUAGUUCUCAAGGGUGAAUCCCAAUUUCUUUUUUUAAAUAGCUUGUUGCCUACUCAAAAAUUUCUUUUCCACUUGGAUGUACAAUUUUAUUUUCCUGUGAAUUUAAAUAUUGUGAGGUAUUGAUUAAUAAUGAAGUAAAAUAUUUAUAUUUGUUUA